AUGGAAAGUCGAGAAAACGAUAACAAUAACAAAUAUCCACAACGACAGGAAUCUUUGCAACAAUUGCAACAAAAUUCUAUACCAACCAAUAAUGUUUAUCCUCAAGUUCAAAAUUAUCAUUUUCAACCCACAUCCAACAAUAAUGUAUCGACUAACCCAUCCAUUUUAUACAAUCAAAAUCAAAUUGUACCAUCAAAUAUUCAAUAUACCAAUCAAACCUCUGAAAAUCAAUCACAACAACAAUCUAGGCAAAAUUCUUUAGCAACAAAUGCAUCUUCAUCAGAAUAUGAUUCAGCUACUAGUAAAACAGAUUAUCAUCAAUCUAAUAGAUCACAACCCAAUUACAGUAGAUCUAGUCAAACUCAAUAUUCUUUACCUUCAUUUUAUUCAUCUACAUACUCUGUUCAAAAUCAACCACAAAUUAUCAGCUCAAGUCAACCUCAUUUACCACAAGUACAAUCAUUGCAACAACCUCCCAAUCUAGAGUCUCAAAGUAUAUAUCAUCAAGUACCUUCGAUAAAUCAAUAUAAUGAUCAUCACAAUGUACUACCUCAAUAUCAAUCGAAUUACCAACCUCAUCAACCUACUCAACCUGUUCAGCAGCAACAAUUACCUUCACAAAUUCAAUCACAACUACCUCAACAACAACAACAACAUUAUCAAAAUGCUACUCCAUUUCCUUUACAUCAACCACAAAUUUAUCACCAAGUCCAACAACAAAAUCUACUACCGCAUCCACAAAUUCAGUAUCAAUAUUCACAACAGAACGUAUUGCAACAACAACAACAACAACAACAACAACAACAACAGCAGCAGCAGAUUCCACCACCACCACAACAACACCAACAACAGGUACCGCCGCAACAACUACAGCAACAGAUACCAUCCCAGCAACUCCAACAACAACAACGACAAUAUUAUCCACAACAUACAUAUCAAUCAUCAAGCCUACUACCGACAACUUUACAAUUACCACAAAAUAUAGAUCUUAAUCAAUAUCCAGAUAUGACAACAUUAAUAAAUUCAAAUACAUCAAUGAUAUUACCACAAAUAGAAAGUCAAUUUAUUGAUUUUAAAAAAUGUUCAAUAUGUGGUAAAAAAAUAACAAGAGAUAUGUCAAGACAUUUGAGAACUCAUCAAUUUGAAAGUAGAUUUAAUUGUAAAUUCCCCAAAAAUCAAUGUAAUCAUAAACUGGGUAAAUUUAAUCGUCCUUAUGAUUUUAAAAAACAUUUAUUAAAUAGACAUUUUAUAUUUGAUAAUCCUUCAAUUAAAAAAUUACAUAAUUUAAAUGAUAAAUUAAAUCAUUGGGGUAAUUGUCCUUGUGGAUUAAGAUAUAUUGCUAAUGAUUGGUUAAAUUUACAUAUUUUAACUACAGAUCGUAGAAUGAGAUGUAAUUUGAUAGAAGAUUAG